CUUACGACCGGCUUUCUCUCUCUCGUCUUCUGUUUUUCGGCCCCCGCCCGCAGCCCACGCACAAGGCCCACCGCCUCGCAGGGACUGCAGCAGAGGUCUCCUUCCCUCUUAAUUGCAGAUGCCAGUUCCCGUCCCCUACUACCCCAAGCAGCCAGCGCACCCAGUAAUCAAGAUCAAUCAAUCUGCCGUCGCUGAUUCUCGCUCGUCUGGUUUUCAGCACUUGACCCACUCUCUGCCCCUGCCUCCCAGCGGGCCACCGCCUUCGUUCGCCACGCGCGAGGAGUGGAUCAGUUCCUUGCCCUCCUGGAGGAGAAACAAGCCGCGGCGCAUUUGGGAGGAGGAUCUCACACACGCACAGGAUUUGUCUCGUCCGGGUUUUGAAGAGGGGUUGACCGUUGCGGACAACGCGGCGGUCAUUAAAGGGGCGCCCGCGCAAGCUCGCAUCCCGCCCGUCUCUACCCUGCUCGCGAGUAUAGGGCCUGCUUUCCGCGCCACCGACAUGUACGCGCGGAGCCCCGAGGUGGAGCUGAACAUGUACUCUGCACGCGUCCACGGAUGGCACUGCGACGACGCUUCACGCUCUACGAGAGUGUCUCCGGUAGCUGGUGCGGAGUACGACGACAUGAUGGUGGAGGAUUAUCCGGACGCUCGCUACCAAGAUUACGAGACAAACACUCCCGGGUCCUACGGCAAUGCUGGCUCUGGUGGUAUGUACGUCUCUGAGGAGUACGGGCGAGGAGCGUUCAGCCCUGUGUUCGAAGACAUGUCCCCUGACGGCGCACCCGUGGCCGAUCCCGCGUCUAGUCCCAUGGGCCCAAAUACCCCUUUCGCUGAUUUCGUCGACAGCGCAUUCGCUGCGGCUCCAUUUAUGCCUUCAUACGGGUGCGGUCUGCCUGUCAGUACGAGUCGUGAGGUGCGGUAUGCCUACCAGGACCAGUGCUGCGGUGCUCAGUGCCAGCAAUGCCAGAAUUACGCGCAGGCCGAACAGCCCGUGGCGCCACCGGCUCCCGAGCCUGUAGUCACGCCGACUGCCACGGCCGCUUACAAGAAACUGGCUGAGCCGCUUUCUGAUUGGAUCGCGACGUACGUUUGGAAGGCGUGCACGACGGGCAUGAGCUUGCCUUCCGAGUACGCGCAGCCUAUGGCGUUCCUCAAGCACUACUCCAGUUCGCCUCCGAGCCACCUGGCCAGUUCGACUCAUUCGAUGUUACUUUCCACGUUGCUACAGCCGUCAGCGAUUUUCCUCGCGCUGUGGUACAUCGUUCGCCUGCCGGUCUUCUUCGGCCCUGUCAAUUUGGACAGCGAAAGGCACCGGAAAGAAAUCCGCUUCCGAGCCGAGUUGCUAGGCGAGGCGCACAUGAGCUUUGACAGGGAUGUCAUAGAGUCCUACGCUCCCUUCCGGCUCAUCCUUCUGGGAUGUAUGCUAGCGAACAAGUGGCUGGACGACCAUACUUUCUCUAACAAGACUUGGCACACUAUCUCCAACGUACCGGUGCAAUCGCUCAACAAGCUGGAAUCGCUCGCCCUGGACAUAUUCCGUUACGAUCUGUCGGUCUCUACGCAUGACUGGACGGAUUGGUUGUCGCACAUCCACGAGUACCAUACGUCCCUGCACUCUCCGGCGUGCCCCCAGCCGAUUUCGCGCCCCUCAUCGAGCCCUCACACCAUCAUUCGCAAGGCAAUCGAGCGCCUGAUCCAUACUGGGGUCGGGCGUACCUGCUGCGAGAACACUACUUGCACCAUGCCACCCGAACCGGUGUUCGUCGGUCUCGAGGAUGAAAAGAGAGACCAAAUCGAUGCGCAGGUAUACGAUGAAGAUGUCCUGGAGAUCGAUCUGGAUGAAGACGGACCCCUGCGGGAGGAAUACCUGCCGAGGCGUCGCGUAAGCAGCGCAAGCUCUUCGCGUCGCGCGCAUGGUACCGAGAAGGUCGUCGAGCCCGAGAGAAUGCUGCCACCUCCUGCGAGGUGGAGUCCUGCCGCCGAUGAGCCCAUAAUGCGUGACGUUCGCAUCUCGAGGCAGUACGUUGCGCCACAACCUAUUGCCCAGGUUCCUGUUGCCAUGCCCCUGCUUCCACCGUUCCACCAAGUGCUGCAAUCUCAGCAGUCUGCGUGGCCCUAUGAUGGUUAUGGACACAAGCAAGAGCAACUGGCCUCUGCAGCGUACGCCCCGCCUCUCGUAUAUGCUCGACCAUCGCACGUGGGCUAUGAGUAUGCAUACCCUGCUACUCAUGGUCAUUCCCGCUCGCAGUCGUUGUCGUACAACCAGGCGGUCGGAGACCAUACCCAAGGUCGUCAGCGUGCCUACUCGCAGACGAGAUACGACCAGGGUUAUAGUGACGUUCGUCUCUCCGAGGGUCACUUCGCUCCGCCGCCCGCUCUGACGCGCUGGAGCCCUGGCGAUGUCUAUCCUCCGCUUUACGACCGAUCCUUCGAGUACCACCAGAGGCCGUUGAAGGUCUGAGUCGUGUUUCGUUGACCUGUCCCCCUAGAUUUCCGACAGAAGACUAGACUUG